GCAAAGAUGGCAGCGCGUUUUGUUUAGAUCUCGAAGGAGUGUGUAUGCUAAGCUAAUCCUACUGGAAGCAAAUAAAUACUAUUGAUCGUUGCAUAAAACUACGUCGUAUGCAGUUAUUCAGUACCAUAUAAAUAUCGUGUUAAAAAGCAAGCGUGAAAGCAUGGAAAGCUGAUAAAUGUAGUAGACAGCAGGCGGCGGCUCCUUGACAACCUGUUGAUACCACACAUGUCUCCAAAUCAUUCAGUGUAAGGGUUUGUUUUAAUGCUCACCAAUGUUCAAAGACAACAGGGGUCUGGUAGAGGAUGUGGUCUCCUUGAGAAAUCAGCUGCUGUUAACAGAACAAAACUUACAAUCACUGGGAGAACAAUUAAGUCUAUCAGGAAAUUACAUCAUUGGUGUGGAUAAUGACAGGAGGGGAGCACACGACUUCGCUGGUCGUAUUACUUUAGAGGACCUUCAGAAGCCAGAAAGAUAUUCACGCCCUGACAGAACAACAGAGCAGAGGGAAUGUGUUUGUGUAUCCACUUGUGACUGCACAGCAAAGAAAGACAUGGAGACAGAGACGUCUGUGCUUAGGAGGAAGCUCAACUCCGUCAGGCAGGAGAACAUGUCUCUGGUCAUGGAGAACAGGCAGCUCGUCAGUGAUCUGGAGGCUGCUCAGCUUGAGUUAGCCAGCUCAAGGUCUAAGAUCCGUGUUUUGGGAUCUACCGUGGGAGCCAGGACCUCCAGUGUGUCUCUCAUGAAUGAGCAGAUUAUCGAUCUAGAGGCAGAACUGGACGCUCAGACGAAAGCUUUGGAGGCUGCUGAGCAGAAGCUGGAAGCAAGUGAACAGAUAGUGAUUGAGAGUAACAGACUGGUGGAGAAGCUCAGAGAUGAGCUGAGAUUAGUUAAAGCCGAGCUAGCUGAAAGAACACAUCUGGGGAAACGGGCGGAGCAGCAGAGAAACCAAGCACUUCUUAACGCUGAGAAGCUUACAGUUACCUUCAGGGACUACAAGGAAGACAUUUCGAAAAAGCUAAAGGAGGUGAAGGAGAGUGAGAAUCAGCUGAAGGUCAGUUUGAUGCAGUGUGACAGAGAGAGAGAGGAGCUGGAGAGGAAGUUUGCAGAGCUGGAGAGAGAGAGGGAGGGUCUACGUCAAAACAUCUGUGAGCUGAAGGAGGUUCAUGGUCGAUUAGAGUCUGUCUCCACUGAGCGUGUGCAGCUGCAGUCUCAUGUGCAGCAGCUCUCAGAUCAGCUGAAAAAACUGCAGAAGGAGCUGGAUGAGAAGGAGACUCAGCUGCAGGCAACGGCGAGCGUGAGAAGAGAGAACGAGGACCUGCGUCUCCUCACGGCCUGUCAGGAGCAGAGGGUGGCUCAGGCCCUCAGAGAGAAAGAGCUGGACAGAACUGAGCUGACCAGCCUGGAGGGCAUACUGGACUUAUUACAUCUCAGAGAGAACCGAGAUGGUGCGCUGUGUGUGAACCCUUGUUCGCUGCCAUCGUUCUCCUACACCAACACCACUGAAUCUUUAAAACAAAAGUCUGGUGAGCGCUAUCAGAAGCUGUUAGCAGUGUUGCAGAUGGCUGAGCGGGAGAAGACCCGGCAGGCCAGCGCUGCUCAGAGCCUUCAGGAAAGACUGACCCGAGCUCAGGAGGAGAUUUCCUCCCUGCAGGCCUCCAUCACAGAGAGAUCCUCUCACUACCAGCAGCUUCAUAACCAGCUUCUGGAAAAAGCUACUCAAGCCACCUCCUUCGAGAAAGAGCUAAAAAAGAAAAUCUUGCGUGUGGCUGUGCUGGAGAAACAACUGCAGGAGAAGAGUUCGGCUUAUUCCCAGGCUGCAAUAAAGACCAGCCAGCUUGAACAAGAGCUACUGGAAAAAGCCAGCAGUAUUCAACACUAUCAGUUAGUCUUGAGCAAAAAGCAGAAGGAACAUAAGCAGUCAAUGGAGAAAUCCAAGGUUUCACAAUCACACAAAUGCAAGGAGCUGGAGGACAAAAUAGAGGUGCUCAGGUUGUCUUUGGCUCAAAAAGAAACCGAAAUUGAAGAACUAGAGGAAAAUAUGUCUGAGCUUCUACGUGAGAAGCAGGUAUCACAGCAGAGAGCCACUCUUCUGCAGGCCUCUAUAGAACAGCUCACUGAGGAUUUCCAAGCCAGAUCUAAAUGUAGUGAAGAGAAACUUAGGGGCAUCGAAGAGCAGGCUGCUGACUCUGCUUCAAAGGUGAGGAGCCUGCAGACAGAACUAUCCUGUUGUAAAGAGGAGCUGAGUUGUUGCCUCCAGCAGAUGGAGGAGGUGAAGAAACAUCAUGAGAGAGAGCUGGAGCGGAAAAACGUUGAGCUCUCUGAGCUGCAGGAAGAGCUGAGGAGGAAAUGUUUGGCAUAUCAGCGCUCCAGUGAGGAGAACCUGGAGCUGCAGAACUCCAUCCAGAACCAGCACACCAUGCUGCAGGAAAGUACAUCACGUAUCGCACAGCUGGAGGAGAGUCAGAGUCAACUGCAGAGCCAGGUGUCCCAGUUGGAAAAAGAACUGGAAAAGGAGCGUUCCGCAUUGUCUCAGGCCCUGAGGAGGAGGGAGAGGGAGGUGGAGGAAGCCACCCAAGAGGUGCAGAAGAAGCAAAGACAGGCCGCAGAGCUCUCCGGCUCGAUAACGCAGCUGAGCUCAGAGAUGAAUAAGUGUCGAGUGGAGCUGUCAGACAUGGAGCUGGAGCUGUUGCGCCUAAGGAGAGACAGUAGUGCUAAAGCCUCUCAGCUCGGUCAGAUGGAGGAGACACUCAGGGAGACCAAAGGCAUGCUGGAUAAGAAGAGUGAGAUGGUCAUAGACCUUGAAGAGAAGCUCCAUCGCAGUGAGAUGGACAGGCGAAACUCACUGCAGCAGGGGCAGCUGCUGGAGGGACAGUUGCAGGAGGUGCGCGGUGAAUUGGCAGACACGCUGGACCACCUGCAGGAGCUAAGAGACGUGCUACAGCGCUCACAACUGACCUCAGACCAGCGGCAAGCAACCAUCGAUAAGCUGGCCGCAGAGCUCAGAGAGAGUCAGAGAGAGCUGGAGGAGAGGAACCAUGAGGUGUUGGAUCUGGAUUCUGCUUUGAAAGAGAGACAGGGGGAGCUCCAGCAGAGAGCACAGCUGCUGGGGCAGCUGGAUGUGGUCAUCAAGGAUCACAAGCUGGAGAUGGAGAGGAAAGUUGAGUACCUACAGGACAGUCUGGAGAAAAGCCAGAAAGAGAUAAGAGAUAGAGACCAAAAAGUACAGUUUCUGACGGAAAGACUGGAGAUGCUGAAAUCACAGCUGCAGGUUAAGGAGGAGCUGGAGAAGGGUGCUUUAGAGCACGGGCAGCAGUUACGUGUGUAUCGAGAGCAGCUCCAGAAGACUGUGCAUGACCUUCAAGAUUCACACACACGCUGUGAUGCUCUCAACACACAGCUAAAUGAUGUCACCCAACAAGCACGUCAGAAGGAGAGUGAAGUUCAGCACUUGCGAGAGGAGAUGGCUGAGAUGGAGAGGAGUUUUACACAGACUGAGGUCAGACUCCAGGCCGUCGUCACUGCCCUGCAGCAGGAACUUGAGCAACAGAGAGAAGAACACCACAAAGAGCUUUCAGCGCUACAGCAGACGCGUGGGCAGUUGCUGAAGGUCUCGGAUCAGAUCUCCAACAGCCUGCGUAACUCUCAGGAGCAGUUGAUGCAGCGGCUGCAGCAGGCCCGAGAUCAGCUGGAAGAAGCCAGAGCUACCUCUGCUCACCUACAUGCAGAGCUUCACAGCAAAGAACAGCUCUUACAGAGUGCUAAUGAGACACUGCUUAUCAAGGAGUCUGAGCUCACUCGUCUUCAGGCCAGGCUCUCCAGCCUCGAAAGGGCCACGGAACUACACAACAUCACACUUCGUCACAAACCCAGCACUCCUCCCCCUCUUUCUCCUCCUCUCAAAGACUUCAUUCUUCAAAGCUCCUUGUCCCCCUCCAAAAAAACCUCUUCUGCACAUUCAAGCCUCUCCUUCUUGCACAAGGCCUUCUCAGACACCUCUCUGGAGCUUUCAGAAAGUUUGAAAGCCGAUGUGCAGGCCGCACUACUGCCACCCCCCUCCCCAGACCAGGCCUGGCAGGGUCUGAGCACGCACGAGACCACCUCCGCUACAGACAUGUCCUUUAAUCCGCUCACAUACAUGCUGGACCGAGAGGAAACCGAGGAACAAGAGGAAACUGACCUGGAGAGUCUCUCAGGUAUGCUGAGGUUUGUUAACCAGACGUUGGCCCUUCAAGAGCAGCAGUCACUCUGUGACUCCAGCACACACAAAUCAGGAACGUAAUGAAUGAAGCUACACCUCCUUACCGAUCAGGGAGCUUUGUCUCAUCACUGAAUCACUACAUAGAAUUUCAAGGUGCUGAUUCAUUUUGACGUGAAUGUCUAGUGGGUUUUUGAAGUCUUAACCCCAUUCAAUUGUGAAUACGUUUUUUUUUUAGCUAGAGCUGUUUGAACUUGUUCAGGAGAAUGAUCACGCCUUGCACAAGUAUUUGAAAUAUCUUUGUCAUGUAGCUUUUGUAUUGGUGUAUUUUGUUGUUACUAUUAAUUUUACCUUUUAGAAUGUGUUAAAUUAUAAUUUUUCUAAUAUAUUCUGCAUGUUUACAGUGUGAAUGAUUGAUUUACAAUAAAUAUAACCUUUUGGAUAUACCUCUUUUUGUCCCAUACAUCUGCUGUCAUGUCAUGUAUACUUCAAAUGUGUUCUACAAAGCAUAUGAUAAAGUUUGUCAUAGGUUGGCACCCAUCCCAUUCAAAUAAGGUGUAAUGUGUGAAGACGUUCAGGCUGAGUGUUGAUAAUAAAACAAAAAGAAUAGUGUUUGUUUCUGUUCAUGAACAUUUCCGUAUGUUUUACAUGUGUGUGUGUUCUUGCUUGUGUUCUCACAGUAUAAGACACAUUGUUUGAUUUUAAAGUUGUGUGUGCGUGUGUGUUUGGGGGAGGGGAUGUCAUGUUUGUUAGGGGCGGAG